AUAGUCAUUGCGCUCGUUGUUUAUGCCGGCUCAAUUUCGGAACGUGAUUCAAAAAAAUAUUUGUUGAAAGGCGACUUCCACAAUGAAUGGCUCCUUUUUCGCAAGGAUAAGAUACUUCAUGGGGCUCGGAUGUCGAAAAAGGAAUUUAUCAACCAGAAAUACGCCUACUACGACAGGAGCGACUAGAUUCUUUCUGGGGGCGGCAGGUGGUUUGUUAUCUGGAUGUGUUGUUUAUGAUGGUUUUUACAACGAUUUUGAGAAUGUGGAAAGUGCCCACAGAUUUGUACGAUCACUAAGCAUUGGAAUCAGCAUUUCACUGGAUUACGCCUGGAGUCUGAGGGGAUUGAAUGAUGACGAUCCCCGCCACUCGGAGUUGAUUUCGGAGGUUCAUCAGAGAUCUGCGGAUAAGCUUCUACGGGGCUGUUUGGCUAACGGUGGGUUGUAUAUAAAAAUGGGUCAAGGUGUUGCAGCAUUGAAUCACAUAAUUCCAAAGGAGUACGUACACACGCUGAGGAAAUUGGAAGACAGGUGCCUAACACGCAAGCCAGAUGAAGUACGUAAACUGUUUGAAGAGGACUUCAGUAGGCCCCCCGAUGAAGUUUUUGCCGAAUUUCAUUACGAACCCAUCGCGGCUGCUAGCCUGGCGCAGGUAUUCCGAGCUAUGACCAAAGAAGGGAAGCAAGUUGCUGUUAAAGUUCAGUACGCGGAUCUAAGAAAACGGUUCGAGGGUGACUUGAGGACGAUUCUUUUUCUUCAGGAUUUGAUAGCUGUGCUGCACAAAAAUUAUAAUUUUGGUUGGAUUGCACGUGAUUUACAAGAUAAUCUUAGGGAAGAGCUGGACUUUAUACACGAAGGAAAAAAUGCUGAGCGUUGUGCCGAAGAUUUAAAGAAGCACGAUUAUGUUUACAUUCCCAAAGUUCUCUGGGAGUAUACUAACGAGCGCGUUUUAACAACUGAAUUCAUAGAUGGUUGUAAAAUUAGCGAUCGCGAUGGACUUCGUAAGAUUAAUGCCAAUAUGUCCAAGUUAGAUCGUUCUCUUUUUCAUGCUUUUGCCGAUCAAAUUUUUCGCACCGGCUUCGUUCACGCAGAUCCUCAUCCGGGGAAUAUUUUCGUUCGCCGAGAUCCCUGCUCCGGUAGACCACAACUAGUUUUGCUGGAUCAUGGGCUCUACGGUGGACUGUCUAAGGAAAUUUGUGCCAACUUAUGCCAUUUUUGGGAAGCUACUGUUUUGAAAGAUUACAAGUCGAUGGAAAAAUAUGCUCGAGCUCUGAAUGUGGAGGAUUAUCGUACCUUCGCCGAGAUUCUGUUACAGCGACCAUUGGAGCUGAAAGGUUCGAAUAUGUCCAUUCGAUUGUCAGAGGCGGAUUUAGCGUACAUGACCAAACAAGCGAAAGAGCACUUCGAUAGAGUGAUGAUAACACUAAAAAGCAUGCCGAGGAAUCUUAUAUUCGUUCUGAGAAACUUAAACACCAUCCGGUCAAUCGCUUUCGAUCAUGGAGAUGUCGUGGAUCGUGUCAAAAUAAUGGCUCGAUGUGCAAUUACUUCUCUGAGGCAUAUCAACCAAAGUUUUUUCCAUACACUUUUUCGAAGGAUCAAUUUUGAGUAUCAAUUAUGGAAGUCAUCGUUCCUAUAUUGGUUUGUGAGCAGCUACUUGAGGUUAUUAACUCGAGUUGGCCGAGCGCCGGAUACGUCCCACUUGCUCGAAGUCCACGUAGAAGUUUAAGAAGAGUAUUCUAGGCCGUCCUACUUAGCAUAUGAAAAAAAUUGUGCAUGUUACUAUUAUAGGUGAUAAUAUAUACAGUAUUCAAAUAAAGUUGUUUUUGUUAACCCCUUAGCGUAUUUUUUAAUACGUCACACGUUAAGUGAUUUCACUAUUCUGCUGAACGUUUUAGCGCCCCAUGUUAUGCAAGUAUACCACGAAUGAGACUCGAUGUUGUACGCGAAGGUUUUUUUUUAUUUAUUCCAUUUUUACUAUUCACAAUUCAGCAUUCCUUGUUCUCUAAGUAAACAAUAUUCGUUUACAUUAACGAAGUAAGGUAAUAAGAGACGAAAAAACUCAACCUAAUCUAAACCUAAAGUAAGCAACACCGAUUACCCCCGGUAACUCGGGGUUAGUAACUAACAUAAUACGAACCAGCAAAGCGAAACCCAAUUUAUUCCAGCAGAACCUAGCCGACCUCAGCAGAUGUUCAAAAACCCUUUGAAUUUUUUUUUGAACUUUUCCUUAUUAUUCCACCGUACUUCUCGUAUUCCAUCUUUGAAAUAAUCAAAUAACCAAUGCCCGUCUUACCAAGGGCAACUUUCGACCUGAAAUUUUUUUCAAUAAUCUGUGAAGUAAGCAACUCUUCUGGAUCUUUGAUUUGUAGUUUCAUUCGGGAAUGGAUUACAGACUUGAUCCACGACCAAACAAUGAAGCUGAAUUACCCUGUUUUAUACGAUGUUUUAGUGUGUCGAGUCUACCGCAAAUGCUGCAAAAAGGAGAAUCUAUUCCUGCUAUACGGUGACUAAACAUUUUGCUACGCGUAGGAACUAAGUCGUUAAAUAUUGCAAAUAAAGCCGAUUUUCGAUCAAUGGAGAGAAAGUUUAUACUAAAUUUUUUAUAUAAAAUCUCCCAUUUUGCGUUGGAUAAUUCCAUUUGCAAUUGAGGUUUGGUAACUAUUUCAUUUUGAAGGUGGUAAUAUACAGUAAAUUAUCGAGUUAUCGACAUUCGCGUUUUAACUGGUCCGGCAUGUAAAAUGUCAAAUAAAAUCGCGGGGAACUUCAAUGAAUUAUUUGAUUCGCAAACAAAACAAAAGGAU